AUUCUUUCAUUUUUCACUAUAUGGCCCUCACUGGAAAAAGUUUGGACACCCCUGCUGUAGAUGAAAUGAUGCAAAUAUAUAAUAUCACAGUUACUACAGCAGGUAUUAAUAACAUGACAAUAUUGUUUAGAUUUGAUGAAAAUAUCGUAUUCGUACCUUAAUCGUCUUUGUAAGAUUAAAAAUGUUUUGUUUUUGCAAAAUGACAUAGCACCUGUUUACGUUUGCUGUGCAGUUGGCUAACACAUUUUGAUUGCACCGAUGUGUAGACACUAAAUAUGAUAACAUUUAGAAUCGGUACGAGAAGCAUCUGAAAUUUUAUCUCGGUUUAGCAUGAAAUUGUUAAAAUUUGACAAAAAUAUCUCGAUCGCCAGCGAUUGACAGUAUAUAUCUGCUAUCAUUUUUUGCUAUAGCAAAAUAAGUAACCUAGUACUACAUUGGACUGCUUAUGUUUGUUGGUUAACAAUUUUUGAUUGCACACUGGACCUAGCAGACACUAAACACAAUAAAUCGGAUAAUACAAUAUUGAAACUGCACAUAUUGCGUGACGAACUGAAAGGCUAUUUGCUGUGUUGCUAAGUUGAGGGGCACAAAAUAUACGUUAUUAUUGACUUAUUGUUGACUUUUUUUGGCACAAGAGCUUCCACUCUUUCUCGACCUUGCAGUUAAGCUAGCCGCACACGCAAAAAAGUCAAGUUACUACAGUGGAGAUUCACUUAGUGCAAUGGCACCGGGUGUCAAGAGUCACGUUCAACCUCGGGUGCCACAGCGCGAUGACAACAACGCCGGUUGUGCAGCGCAAAUAGGAGCAGUUGGCUCGUGAGAAAAAAGGUCAUUUUGUUCGAAGUCAGGAAAUGGACACUAUGGCCUGACAGUAGACGCAUUUGCAAUGAGAUAAUGGUGAGCACUGUUUGAGGAAAAUGAAUCAGUCUCAUGGAGUUUCACUGAAGAAUUCCAUCGAUGACAUUCUGCUGUAGCUUUAAAUGAAAACUAAACUUUGUUUGCAAUUUUGCCUAUCAUCCACAAUUCUUGUGUGAAACAUGACUACACGUUUUCCCUUUUCUGUGUUCUAAAGAGAAAAAAACAGCAGGCAUGUGGGAGCUAACAAUGCACAUAAGGGGACACGCCAAUUUUGACUAUAAAGCCCUAAAAAACCCUCCAAAAAAUGCCAACAAUGUUCUAUUUACAUAACUGAUCUGUAUAUAAACCAAGCUACAACGACAUUGUUGUUGUAACAGCUAGGCCUGUCACGAUAAUCAAUAAAUCAAUUAAUUGCACGAUAAAUAAAAACAAACUCGAUAAUUUUGCUAGCCUCGAUAUGUUGACAUGUGCAUGAGUAUUUCUUUUCCUCCUCUCUCUUUACCAAACAGGCUGGAUGACAAGAGGGUUCACUCCGUAUCUAUCUCAACACCUGGGCACGUUGGUUCUAUAGCGGAAUGAACAGAGAACAAAAGUGAUGGUUUCUAAGGCGAAUGUCACAGCUUCAGUGUGGGAAUAUUUUGUUUUUAAACAGAAUUAACAAGUCCUUCAACAAUAACUUGUGCAAGGCCUCCUCGCCCUGCGGUUCCCUUAGCAACAUCGUGGAAGGCCUGAGCUCUCUGGCGGACCACUUUUCGGACCUCUCCCUGUCCCCCAACUCCUGCAAACACAGUAGCAAGAGGCCUCCCCCGCCCAACUACCUCUGCCACCUUUGCUUCAACAAGGGUCACUACAUCAAAGAUUGUCCUCAGGCUCGCCCCAAAGGCCAAGGCCUGACGCCCUAUCAGGGAAAGAAAAGAUGUUUUGGCGAAUAUAAAUGCCCGAAAUGCAAAAGGAAGUGGAUGAGCGGCAACUCUUGGGCCAACAUGGGGCAAGAGUGCAUCAAGUGCCACAUCAACGUCUACCCUCACAAGCAGCGUCCUCUGGAGAAGCCCGAUGGGUUGGACGUGUCCGACCAGCGCAAGGAGCAUCCACAGCACUUGUGUGAAAAAUGCAAAAUUCUGGGCCACUACUGCCGCCAAGACGAAUAAAAGGGCCGAAAAUAAAAAUAUUGUAUUGAGUGUUAAAGACUUUAAAACAUACCUGUCAAACAUUUGCUUUUGAAAAUAUUUUCUGGAAAAUAAGGGAAAUUCCCAGCUGCCCACUGCCAAUGCCCUGCAUCUUUGUCUUCAAAGAUUGCUGUGCUCAAGCGUGGAUACGGUCAUUAUUGCCAUGCUUUAGGAACAAUGUGGGGAUGUUGGCCCCUUAAAGGAAAACUGCACCUUUGGAAUUUUGCCCAUCUACAAUCCUUAUGUAGGAUCUCUUGUCUGUGCUUUCCAAAGAUAUAAAAACAGAUAAAAGGAGACACCCAUGCCGCCUCCAGAGACCGCUAUUUUAACAGCUCCAAAAACCUCCAACAAGGUUUUAUAUCCAUGCUGUGACCAUGUAGUAACAGGUACAUUCAUGAUAACAUGUAAUACUUAACAGUAUUUUGGCCAUUUUAAGUAUUACCAGAACUUUCUUCAGCGCAUUGAUUUCACAUAGCACGCCUAUGCCUAGCAUUAACUUCCAAACUCAAAUAAAAACACAGCAGCAGUGGUGUCAGCUCAAAUAUGUAGCCUUACCUUUUUUGUAGUGGUCUGAGGCGUUGUGAGCACGACGCUGACGUGUUGCAGGCGAGUGUGUGGUGAAGCUAGUCGCUAGCCGGUGUGUUCUGACUAAGUAUCAAUGCGCCCAUAACAUAGUUGGAUCGGCAUAACUAUGUGAAUAAUAACAAUGUUGCUGUAGCUUGGUUAUAUACACGUCACAUUAUAAGUAAAUGGGGCAUUGUUGGCACUUUUAGGGUUUUUAUUCCAGAAGGCUUUAUAGGCGGAGUAAGCGGUUCCCAUAUGUGCAGUAAUGAGCGGUCUUUUUAUAUCUUUAGAACGCACACAAAAAAAGACAUCUGUGGUUAUGUCUAAGGACAAAAUUCCAAAAAAAGUGCAGUUUUCCUUUAAGAAGGACCCUUUAAAAAAAAAAAAAAAAGUUAAAAUACAGGAAAUUUAUUGGAAACUAUUUAAAUGACAGGGUGACGGGAAAAAAACAAGAGGUUUGAAAGAUAUGCUUUAGAAACAAUGUGGGGACGCUGGCACUUUUAAGAAUUUUUUUUGGAAUGAAUAGUUAAAGUACGGAAAAUUUAUGAGAAACUUUAAAAGGAGGGGGCGACAGGAAAGAUGGGAAAAAUAAGGAAGUUUCCCUGGAAAAACGGGGAGGGUUGACAGGCAUGCUUUAGAAACAAUGCGGGGAUGUUGGGCCUUUUAAUAAAGGUUUUGGUUUUGAUGAAAGUUAAAAUAUGGGAAAUUCACGGGAAAGUAUUAAAACAAGACGAUGAUGGCAAAGAAGGAAAAAUAGUUUCCCAGGAAAAAAAAAGGGAGGGUUGGCAGGGUUCAUGUGUAAGGACAAAAUAAAAAAAGUGCAGUUUUCCUUUAAAAAAGGACCCUUAAAAAAAAAAAAAAAAGUUAAAAUACAGGAAAUUUAUUGGAAACUAUUUAAAUGACAGGGUGACGGGAAAAAAACAAGAGGGUUGAAAGAUAUGCUUUAGAAACAAUGCAGGGACACUGGCCCUUUAAGGAGGGUUAUUGUGGUGGAUGUUGGUGCCUGACAAAGCCAUUAAAACCCUCAACAUGGCACUUAAGUUGUCGGAGUAAUAAGAGUAAUAAGAAACAAAACAAUUCCGAGGUCUGUGGACCUUUGUGCUUGAACCCUGAAAAUAUUGCUAGCAAAUGUGAAUGAACAUACUGUAUGUCUAACGGAUAGGCGUUAUGUUUGUAUAUACAGUACCAGGCAUAACUUUUAAAGUAUUCUGUGUAAACUGUGCAAGAUGGUACACCCAGAGUAUAUUUUUAGUCUUACGGUAAUAUUUUUUGCUUUUCGUAGGGAAACAUGGUCUUUCUUCUGCAAAAUAUUGAGCAAAAACCAAAGUUUGAACUGUAUUAAGUGGCCCUUUCUAUUAAAACAUAAUGUGACAUAUUACAAGGAAAAGCCUGUGUAGUUGUGAAAAAUAUGACUUUAUUGUUUUGUUUACAAAUAAAUGCCUCUUUUUCCAAUGAAGACAAUGGCUCACAUUUCUCGUCAAGACAUUCAAGUGCAUUCAGGCCCUGUCCACACGGGAACGCUCCUGGGUUGUUUU